AUUAUUUUUAUCAGUAUAUGAAUAACUGUACUACUCUUAAAUUAAACUGUUUAAAGUAGAUCAAUAUGCGAUUUAACAUCAUAUUACUUAUUUUUUCUAUAUUCUCACUUGUAAAUGGAUUUAAUAAUGAUAUACAAGAUAUCAAUGUUACAUCAGUGAUGGAUGAAAUUACUAAAUGGGUAAACUCAGGAGAAGAAACAGAAAUGUUUAAAGAAUCAAUUCAAGUUUUGACUUUGCCAAAUGAAUUACAACUUGUUAAUUGGAGAACUUUUACUGCCUUAAAUAGUAUGGGUAUUUGUACUAUAUGUAAAUCAAUUCUUCAAACUUUUAUCAAAUUUCGACAACAAGGCAUGUCUGAAAAUGAUAUUGCAAAGAACGUAAUUAAAUUAUGCGUAUUAUUGAAUUUUCAAACUGAAAGAGUUUGUACUGGUAUUGUCAAAUUGAAUUUGCCAAUAAUUCUUCAUAUAAUAGAUUCAAAAUCAAAUAUACAUGCAUCUGAUAUUUGUGGAAUUGUUUUGGAAUCUAAAUCUUGUCCUUUCAAUGUUAAAAAAUAUGAAUGGACAGUUCCCAUCGAUCACAUAUCUACUGAAAAAAUUUCAAUGAAAGAAAGUAAUGAUACAAUACAAAUUAUACAAAUAACUGAUAUUCAUUAUGAUCCUAAAUAUGAGCCAUAUGGUAACUCAUUCUGUAAUGAACCUACCUGUUGUCGCAAAGGACAGAAUAUUACAAACUCGAGUAACAAAACAGCUGGUUAUUGGGCAGAUUAUAAUAAGUGUGAUACUCCAUGGCAUUCAGUAACAAAUGCAUUAUCUCAUAUCAAAGUAACACAUCAGAACAUUGAUUAUAUUUACUUUACUGGAGAUGUAAUAGAUCAUGGUGUUUGGGAAACUUCAAUGAAAGGAAAUAUAGAAAUUCUUCAUAAAACCUACAGUGAGAUUUAUAAACAUUUUAAAGAUAUACCAGUUUAUCCUAUACUUGGUAAUCAUGAAUCACAUCCUAUGAAUCAAUUUGCACCUCGAAAUAUUACAGAUGAUAAUUUAAGUACAGAUUGGCUAUAUAGCUUGGUAGCAGAUUUAUGGAUUAGUUUUGGAUGGUUACCAGAAUCUACUCGUGCUACUAUUUUACAAGGAGGAUUUUAUACAUUAUCACCUAGAAAAGGAUUUAGAAUCAUAGCUCUGAACAGCAAUAUUUGUUACUGUUAUAACUGGUGGUUAUUAUAUCAACACCAAGACCCUGAUGGACAAUUACAGUGGUUAGUGGAAACACUUACACAAGCUCAAAAAAAUAAAGAACUUGUACAUAUUUUAAGUCAUAUUCCACCUGGUGAUCACGAUUGUCAAUAUAUAUGGAAAAGGGAAUAUCUCAAAAUUAUUAACAAAUUUUCUCACAUUAUUGCUGCUCAAUUCAAUGGUCAUACACAUAAUGACGAAUUACGGAUUGUUUACAAAGAUAAAAAUGCAAAAAAUGUUAGUCAUAUAGCAUGGAAUGGAGGUAGCAUUACAACUUAUGUAAAUUUGAAUCCAAAUUAUAAGCUGUAUACCAUUGAUAAUAAUACGCUCACUGUUAAAGAUUUUGAAAAUUGGAUCUAUAAUAUAACAGUAGCAAAUGAAAAUCCAACUCAGCAGCCUCAAUGGUACAAAUCAUAUUCGUUUAAGAAUGAAUAUAAUCUUACAGAUUUGUCACUAGACUCUUUAAAUAAUUGGUUUUUAGAUAUGAGAAAUAAUAAGGAUACCUUAAAUCGAUAUUAUAAAAACUUUUUCAAACAUGCUGAUGCAGCUUUGCAAAAAAACUGUGAUUUAAAGUGCAAGGAAAAAUACAUAAAUAGUAUUAUUGUUACUGUACCACACUAAUUAUGAUAAUUUAAGUAUUAUAAAUAUUUUAUUGCUAAUGCUUACUUAUUUUUGCAUAAAAAAGUGAAGAGUACUUUGCAAAGAAGAUUAAUGACAUAUCUUAAUUAUAAUCCAUGAUAUAGAUUGUCUGCCAUUUACUUUGUCAUAAUUAAGAAGAAUUUUAUUAUAUAUUAUUCGUUAUCCUUAAUUGAUUAAAAUAAAAAUAAAAAUUAUUCCUACUACAU